AUGACUAGUUCUCCGGCGUUUCCGGUUUUAGGGAAUAGCUUCAGGCCCGAGUGGAGUGAUUUUGACGCUAUACACGGUGCGGAAAAGAAUACCAGCAACUCGUCUCGGGAUCCGUUUGCUAUCUCCUUUAAUCUUGUGCGGAAUAUAGCACGGGAAAAAUUCGGUUACGAACUCCAGUGCGACCUUGUUGAGCCUCAGCCAUCUCCUCUGAGGAAACCACUUUCUCUUGGAUUGCUGCGACAGUCCAGUGCAGUUUCGCAGAUCUCCCAUUACACACUAUCUGACGUGCGUCAGUUACUUAAAACUUUGAUUCAUUCGAACACAGUAAAUGAACUUGUCGAUAUUCCUGACCUUGAGGAAGUGGCAAUUGCGCUUUUCAAGAGCUCCCAUCAAGACGUUUGUCUAGACAAUAUAGACGUAAGCGCUGCCAAAAUAUCUCUCGACCGUGUUGCACUUCUUUUUGCGGCUCUUGCACUAGGCUGCCCCUCACAAUCGGACGAGCCUGUGCUACUAGCAUUUUUGGAGCUUUCCACGUCCUUACUUGAGGAUUAUACGAGCGAGCCGACAUUUGACCUAGCUCUUACGCUCCUUCUACAACACGCAUGUGUUCUACGUACGGGUACCUCUAACCGUAGUCGAACGCUCAUUUCGCAAGCGGUCCGAGUAGCCCAUGAUCUAGGUAUUAAUCGAGGCUUUCACACUGGAGACGCUCUCCGAGCAUCGCAAUUCUACUUGCUUCUUUAUUUUGCCGACCAGUACAGUAGCCUGACACACAACACCGCGCCAUGCAUCAAACCAGACGAUUAUCUUACUGACCUCUACCUACCGCUUGUGGAAGCGUAUCCACGCCUGAAUAAUUUGGUCAAACUACUGACACUAAAUGGAGAGGUGUUUUACAAGUUACGUAGCCUCUCCUACACGCAACAAAACAUCAAUUCUCUUGAGGCAGAAAUUGGGACCGUCUGCAGCAGAAUUGGUAAAUUGCUUCGAGACGAGCGGCACGGGAACGAAGGGUUUGGGAUUGAAUAUACGACGCUGGUUCAGAUUCACAUGUUCUGGUCACGCAUAUUACUUCGUGUCCCUUUACUCAUGUCCCAGGAGCACUGGCUUUGCUCUCUCAGCAUUUGCKUUCGAGCCUCUCAGAUGCUUCUGUCUGUCUAUCUUAAAAUGCUAGGUCCUACCAUCCAUGAUCUAGCAAAGGAAGUCAGUGGUAGCGAUGGCUCACAUUUGACAUCACAAUUGCGGAAAGCCACGAUAUUGCCGCCCACCUGGCGCCAGGUCUGCCGGAUUACCACAUCAGUUUUCGUAAUUAUGUACGCAUUCUGGCACAGCGAGGUGUCAUAUGAAGAGGCCGCCCACUCCUGCGCCUGCGCCAUAUUCCUGCUCGAGUUUCAUCGUACUAGGUGGGCGAAAAAUGUCGAACCAGUACAGGCUGCCAUUAGAUCCUUAGCCGCACUCAGUGAUCUCCAGCUUCAUGAUCCGAUGGAAAGUCUGCUUCGUCCUGGAAAUGAGGCACAUGUAGGGAAUAUCAUUGAUACGGAUUUGAUGAGGUCCGGCGGCCGAGGAACAUUCUAUGGGGCCCAAAGUCAUGACGAGGUUCCCACCAUAUCCUUGGGUGAAGACAACGAUGUCCAAACACUUGCAGGAUGGGAAUAUGAGAUGGGGGAUGUAUUUAAUAUGUCUUCAACGAACUUUGGCAUGUCCUUUCUUUCUGAUUAG